GCGUCACCUGACCGCGGGAGGCUCCGCGCGGACCGUGCUGAUUGCCGCAGGUCCAGGGGAGUCGCCAUGCCAACAGGUGGAAGCAACCCAAGCGGCCAUCCGCGGCUGAGUGGGUAAGAUACGGUCUGUCCGUGCAACGUGGUGUUUGCUGUUCAACCUUAGAAAGGGAGGGAACCGCGCCACAGGCCGCAGCACGGGUGGCCCCGAAGGUAAUCGGCCUGGCGAAGUGAGCCGGGCACAGAGGUUACACGGUUUCACUCAGGACCUACCCAGCGAAGUCACACUCACGGGGACAGAAGCCUACGACGCAGCAGUCGCCUCAGGAUGAGCAGGAGAAGCUCCUGGAUGAAGCGAUCCAGGCUGUGAAGGUGCAGUCGUUCCAGAUGAAGAGAUGCCUGGACAAGAACAAGCUCAUGGACGCUCUGAAACAUGCCUCCAACAUGCUCGGCGAGCUCCGGACUUCCAUGUUGUCACCAAAGAGCUACUAUGAACUCUAUAUGGCCAUUUCCGACGAGCUGCACUACCUGGAGGUCUACCUGACGGAUGAGUUUGCCAAGGGGCGGAAGGUGGCGGACCUCUACGAGCUCGUGCAGUACGCCGGCAACAUCAUUCCCCGGCUCUACUUGCUGAUCACGGUGGGAGUGGUCUACGUCAAGUCCUUCCCCCAGUCCAGGAAGGACAUCCUGAAGGACCUCGUGGAGAUGUGCCGUGGCGUGCAGCACCCCUUGAGAGGCCUGUUCCUCAGGAACUACCUUCUUCAGUGCACCAGGAACAUCCUGCCCGACGAAGGGGAGCCAGCCGACGAAGAGACCACCGGCGACAUCAGCGACUCCAUGGACUUCGUGCUGCUCAACUUCGCGGAGAUGAACAAGCUGUGGGUGAGGAUGCAGCACCAGGGGCACAGCCGGGACCGCGAGAAGAGGGAGCGGGAGCGGCAGGAGCUGCGGAUCCUGGUGGGCACCAACCUGGUGCGCCUCAGCCAGCUGGAGGGCGUCGGCGUGGAGCGCUACAAGCAGGUCGUGCUGGCGGGGAUCCUGGAGCAGGUCGUGAACUGCAGGGACGCCCUGGCUCAGGAGUACCUCAUGGAGUGCAUCAUCCAGGUGUUCCCGGAUGAGUUCCACCUGCAGACGCUGAGCCCCUUCCUGCGGGCCUGCGCGGAGCUGCACCAGAACGUGAACGUGAAGAACGUCAUCAUCGCUCUCAUCGACAGAUUAGCCCUGUUUGCUCACCGUGAGGAUGGACCUGGAAUCCCAGCCGACAUCAAGCUCUUCGAUAUCUUUUCCCAGCAGGUGGCCACGGUGAUACAGUCCAGACAAGACAUGCCUUCGGAGGACGUGGUGUCGCUGCAAGUCUCCCUCAUUAAUCUUGCUAUGAAGUGUUACCCUGAUCGUGUGGACUAUGUUGAUAAAGUUCUAGAAACAACAGUGGAGAUAUUUAAUAAGCUCAACCUUGAACACAUUGCCACCAGCAGCGCAGUCUCGAAGGAGCUCACCAGGCUCUUGAAGAUCCCUGUGGACACGUACAACAAUAUUUUAACGGUCCUGAAGUUGAAACAUUUCCCCCCGCUCUUCGAGUACUUUGACUACGAGUCCAGGAAGAGCAUGAGCUGUUACGUGCUGAGCAACGUGCUGGAUCACAGCACAGAGAUCGUCUCUCAGGACCAGGUGGAUUCCAUAAUGAACCUGGUGUCCACGCUGAUCCAGGACCAGCCGGACCAGCCUGUCGAGGACCCCGACCCAGAGGACUUCGCUGACGAGCAGAGCCUCGUGGGCAGGUUCAUCCACCUCCUGCGGUCCGAGGACCCCGACCAGCAGUACUUGAUUUUGAACACGGCCCGGAAACACUUCGGAGCCGGCGGGAACCAGCGGAUCCGCUUCACGCUGCCGCCCCUGGUGUUCGCGGCCUACCAGCUGGCCUUCCGCUACAAGCAGAGCUGCAAAGUGGACGACAAAUGGGAGAAGAAGUGCCAGAAGAUCUUCUCCUUUGCGCACCAGACCAUCAGCGCCCUGAUCAAGGCGGAGCUGGCCGAGCUGCCCCUGCGGCUCUUUCUCCAAGGGGCGCUGGCCGCCGGAGAGAUCGGCUUUGAGAACCACGAGACCGUGGCCUAUGAGUUCAUGUCCCAGGCGUUUUCUCUGUACGAGGAUGAAAUCAGUGACUCCAAAGCCCAGCUGGCGGCCAUCACCCUGAUCAUCGGCACUUUUGAGAGGAUGAAGUGCUUCAGUGAAGAGAACCACGAGCCCUUGAGGACGCAGUGUGCUCUCGCUGCAUCCAAGCUUCUGAAGAAGCCCGACCAGGGCCGAGCCGUGAGCACCUGUGCCCAUCUCUUCUGGUCUGGCAAAAACACGGACAGGAACGGGGAGGAGCUGCAGGGAGGCAAGCGGGUGACGGAGUGCCUGAAGAAAGCCCUCAAAAUAGCCAAUCAGUGCAUGGACCCCUCUCUGCAAGUGCAGCUUUUUAUAGAAAUCCUCAACAGAUAUAUCUAUUUUUAUGAAAAGGAGAACGAUGCGGUCACGAUUCAGGUGUUGAAUCAGCUUAUCCAGAAGAUCCGAGAAGACCUCCCCAACCUUGAGUCCAGCGAAGAGACGGAGCAGAUUAACAAGCAUUUCCACAACACGCUGGAGCACCUACGCCUGAGGCGGGAGUCGCCCGAGUCCGAGGGGCCCAUCUACGAGGGCCUCGUCCUCUGAGGGGCGGGCCGCCGCCCCGUCCUCCCACGUCUGCGGAGGGCUUGUCACACUAGGCCUCCCUGCCGUAGACCGUGCCUUCCAGAGAUGCCGAGGCAGGUUCCCCGUUUCUUACCUGUGAUGUGUUUGGCCCAGCACCUCCGGACGCUCACCUUCAAGACCUUAAUACAGUUACUCACUUCAUAAGUGUUCAGGCUGUCUGAUCGCCCACAGUAGCAUGAUUGAUUUGCUAUUUAAAAUUCCUGUGAUGGUAAAAAAAAACAAAACAAACCAAACAAAUUCUUAACAACCACUUCUCUUGGCUACUAAUGGAACUCUCCUUCCUCUUCCCGCUUUGUUUCACUGUUGAUGCGCCAUUCCCUUCGCUGCCUGGGAGACUAACCCAGCAGCGUCGUCUUGUCUCUCUGUUCUCUAGUUCACUUUGAGAUUAAUUUAGAAGAAAGGAUUACUGUAUGUGAAAUUCAGCUUGGGCUUUUCCCUAAAUGCAAAAUAAGGCCAUGUAUAAUAUUCUCCCUGAAACUAGAAUAUAUUAAUGCAUGUUUGAGAAUUUUAAAGCGCCCUGGUCAAAGCCAGAAGCUAUAUUUUGCAUAUUUGGACUCAGCCAUCCAUUAAGAAUCUAUGUUGUCCUCUUGACAUAUUUAUCAAAGUAAUUUUUGUUCUAAAUAGUAUAAAAUAGAAAAUUUGUGAUCUAUAUAAUUUAUGUAUAACCUUCAUUAUUGUAAAUUUAGGGGGAAAUGCAUCAUACAAUUAUCACUC